AUGUCAGAGUGUUCACGCGUGGUGUCACACAGGGUUGCCAUGUACGAAGCAGGGCUAUGCGAGACCCUGUGUCGCGUCUGCGAAGAAUCUGGACUCAGCCCCAACCCCAGAGUUCGGGACUCCCUGCGUUGCCUGGACCGGGAUCAGAUCACGGGAAGGAGCUCGCCCUCUGGGCUGCUGGAUCUCAGUGGCGGUUUCCGCCCGGACGGGCUGGAGGUGUCUGUGCCGACGCGCGUCUCCGAUGGGGACGUCCUCGCCUUGUGCCGGGUGCUCGCUUGUCUGCCGGGUCGCAUUGACGGCUUGAACUUGCGCUGUGAUCUCAUCGCGGACGAUGGAGCCGAGGCGAUAGCAUCGCUCCUGCAGGAGGGAUCAUGUUGGCUCACAUCGCUGGAUCUGUCUCUCAAUGACAUCGGACCACGUGGGGCCAAAGCCCUUGGACUAGUUCUGCAGACGAACCGUUCACUCAGGAGCCUGAACCUCGCUGGGAACAAGGUGGGGGAGGAGGGCGGCGUUAGCCUGGCCACUGCCUUGCAGACCAACGUGAGCCUGCGGUCACUGGACCUGCAUCACUGCGACCUGGGUACGGACAGCAUCAUCGCCUUCUCAACGGCACUCAGCUAUAACAGCAGCGUGGAGGAGCUCGACUUAAGCAGGCCGCUCCUUUUCAGCUUGCAGGAGGAGACGACAGUGCACGUGGCACGGAUGCUGCGUACGAACCGCGCCCUGCGUUCGCUACGUCUCGCCAAGCACGGCGUGCGGGACUUCGGCGCUUGGCAGCUGAGCGAGGCGCUCGCAAACAACAGCUCGCUCACACACCUCGACCUGAGCUGCAACUUGAUGGCGCGCGAUGGCGCGGCGAGCCUCGCGCUCCUGCUGGAGCAGGGCUCCUCCGCCCUCCGCGUCCUCGACCUGGGGUUCAACCGCAUCGGGGACGCAGGGGUCACGGCGCUCGCCAGGGCCGUCGGCAGCUCCGGUCGCUGUCCCCUGCAGACACUGGUGCUGGUGAGCAACGGCGCCACGGGAGAGGGCCUCGGGGAGCUGGCCGUGGCCAUGACCACCAACCGCACCCUGCGCUCCGUGCACAUCUGGGGAAAUAAGCUCGACAGGGUGGCGUGCCAGGUGUUUGCAGAGCUCCUGAAGAGCGGGCGGCUGAAGGAGAGGCAUGCGGACGUGAGCGCGUACGAGGUGGAUGGCCGCCCGUACCUGGCCCAGCUCCAGGUGAAGUCGCCCCUGCUGCGGCUUGAGGUCGCGACUUCUUCUCCGACGUCGCCCCCAUCGUCGCCCCCAUGGUCGCCGUCAGCGUCGCCGCCGCCGUCGCCCGUGGCGUCUUCGCUCGACGGGUGGUGACGCCGUGAUGGUGGAGGCUGUUCAAGUUCAAACUCAAUGAUGUUUUGUUUCACUACGUGAGCCCCAAAGAGCCAUAUAGGCCUUUUUCACAAGCGACCUGGCCACAAAUGUUGUUCUUCCACCGCACCUCCGAUUAAGACGGUUGGCUACGUACGGUGCGAAAGAAGUUCAACAUGUGUACAGCUCAACAAAGUGGCUUAUCAUGUGGAAAUUUAUACUCGGAAAUACAUGUUGAUUUUAAAUGUGGAGGGAAAAAUCCACGCGACCACGGUGAGAACAUGCAAACUCCAAAAUAUACAGGCACCGUCAGGGUGGGAUCGAUCCCACGAUCUCCUGUACACCAGGCGAGGUCGUUCAUAUCUCGCCACCUUGGAGGCUUUCAGCUGCCUCUUCACAUCUAAUGACUCCUCAGUGUUUGCAGAUUGGUCAAUUUUCUGUUUGCCAUGGAAGCUAAUUUCCAUCCGAGAUGUUCUACUUACUUAUAACGUUUCACCCCCAUUGCAAAGUCAGAACCACCGUCUCUCCACGUUCACCAUAUCCACAAGACCAUCUCACCACCACCAUCAUUUUACUUUCACAACCCAUUCACCUCCGCAUUCACUUGAGGCUCGCAUCACCAUCUCACCGCCAUCUCACCUCCACGACCAUGUCAGCUCCACCACUCUCACGCCAACUCGCCCAGACCAUCUCACGACAUCAACCAUCUCAUCACAUCAAUGUUCAGAAUCAGUAUUGUUCCUGGAAGAAUCCUAUGAGCUGUAAAGCUCUUUUUCACAGAUGUCCAGUAGGGGACGCAGAUGUCCAUUGCCAGCAUCACGACGUCUCCACCGCUCACUCGGGCUCAACUCUUUUCACCAUCACAAUUUACCUUUAGUUUCAAACGCACUACCAAAGGCAAGGAAUGAGCUUACUUUAUAACUUGAUUUGUGUUAAUCAUCUGACAUUGUGUGAGCAUUCAAAACAUCACGUUUACACAUACACACAGCGCGUGGAACACCGUAUUGUCUUUUCGUGUCUCUUUGCAAAUGUGGUCAUGUUUGUUGUUGUAAUGGUCUGACCCGGCCCUACUGGAACAUCUGUGAAAAUGUGCUUUACAGCUAAUCGGAUUCUUCCAGUAGAAAUAAAUAU